AUGGCCCUCAAGCGCAAGCGCUCCGCCUCCGAGCUUGUCACGCUUUUCAACUCCCCCGCCCGUUCCGACUCCAGCGUCGAGUCCUUCGACUUCCCGAUCUCACCCAGCCUGGCCUUCCCUCGCGCAUUCACGACACCCUCACAUCUCGACAGCCGAACGAGGAAACGGUUCCGCGACAACCGACCUUCGCAGGAGGAGGUUCAUCAACGCACGCUCCAGAUGCUGUACUCCGCUCAACAACAAGAUCAACAUAUGGAAACCGAGCUUUCAUCGUCACCUGCCCCUGCUCCUGCCGUCGCACGCAAUACACAAAAGUCUCUCCACAGCUUCUGGAACAUCAAGUCCGCGCAACCUCCCGUGUCAAGGACGGCCAGCCCGCCGGUCCACCAGAGAGCGUUGAGCCCUACAAGCUGCGAGGAUUGCGGUGCCGGGCUUGCCUCGGCUGACGCUGACGGCAUGGAGAUUGACGGAUGCGAAGGAGACAACGCUUGCGGCGCAUGUGGGAAGCAUGUCUGCUCGCAGUGCUCUAUCACGAACCUUGGAGAGCAGAGAAGAUGUUUACACUGCUCUGGCAGCAAGUCAUGGGUGACGGGGAGCACGCCUGCUUGGGCCAUAUCAUCGAUGCGAAUGUUUUGA